UUUUUAUGCGGUUAGAACAAUGGAUAAAAACAAUAACUUAGCAAGCUGUUUUGACAAACCACCUGCAGAAGAGAAGAACUACACUACCUUGCAUUCGCCAGCGACAAAUACGAUCGAACAGGUGAAAACGAACUCGAACUUUUCAACCCAACCUGGUGACGUCACUUCCGAUGUUUACGUUGCGUCAAAUAUUCUUACGCAAAACAGUGACGUUAUACCAUCAAAUGGUUCUGAUCCGGGAGUAGCUGAACCUGUUAACCUUGAAAAUGAUGUCACUCAAAUCACUAAUACGUCACAAGAUGUUCAAAGAGUUAAUUUGGAGGAAAAUCCAAUUACGUCGACGUCACCUCUAGUUGUGACGUCACCGUGCACCUCAAAGAACUUGCGCGGUGAUUGGUGGACACGGGAUAAUGGGCAGCAGUCGAGCCAAAACAUGGUUCAAAAGAGACCGCACGAUGGGGAAAGAGAGCAAGUGCCAGCUAAGUGUAGAAAACUAAGCAAACCAUUUAACGACGUGGUAUCGCAACAUCCUAUUAAAGAUACGGCGACGUUUUCUUUGACUUCACCGAACAGGACAUUUAGCCAAACAAGUACUUUCAACCAAUGGGAUCCUCACCAUGCAAUGUGUACGCCAAGUCCAUCUCCCAACCCACCAAACCAAGUGCGGAUGACGAACCCACAGUGGCAUCAAGCAGAGCAGCAACAACCAAUGGUGACGUCAAAUUCGUGGACGGAAGUGACGUCAUGGGGCCGAGGGUUAUCUAGCAAUAGUUGGCAGUCACAGGUUUUCGUCAUGCAAACGCCAAACCGAAAUUCAAACUUCGUUUCAAACCAACCACGAAAUGCAUGUUACAGCUACUACGCUCAGGAAAAUGAUCUACCGAAGCCAUACAUGAGCACUGCUCCUUUUCGGAAUGCUUUAACCGACCCACCGAUAUACCGACAGCAAUAUUACCACGUUGUUCCAACUAUGGAACCGAACCAGUUUCCCCGCCCAAUACCAUGCCCACCAACACCAGUCUCACCAAAUCCUCGCCCUCCGUAUUUUGCAGCAAACCGAUUUCCACUAAUGAGGCCAAAGCAAGUAAAAACAUUUGAGGAGAAAACAUUUUUUCCAAUCGAAGCACGAAGUAAUGUAAGAAGCCGCAUGCCAAACCAGCUGGUCGGUCAACUACUGCCUCAAAACGUUUCUCCAAAUGAUGUUUUCUGUUUAGUUCCUGGCAGACUUGGAAUGCCGAACCAGGGUAAGAAGCAUCAAGUGCUGGUAGGCGAAAUACUACGCAGAGUGUUAACACCUGAGAGUUUAAAUAUUUCUCUACUUGGACCAAUCCUUCGAAAAGCAAAGUCGCGGAACGGCAGUCAAUAUCUGCGAGAAAGACUUGGUGAGAUUGGAGUUCGAUUGCCCCAAGGUCGCCGCAAGACGGCGCAGUGCACCCUUUUUACAUCACUUACUGAAAGUGAAGCCAAGCAAUUGUCCGAGGAUUUUGGAAAACUUUGUUACUGCAAUUUUCCGUGUCGAUCACUUGCUUUAUGCGCUGCAGCACGCCAACGUGCGGAUGUAAAUCAAUCACUGGACGGUCAAUCCAUCGAGAAAGCAAUUCGUAUGGUCGAUGAGUUCACUCAUUUGAUGACGUCAUCGAGCCACGUUAUUCUAGACAGCGACAUCAAGCGAGAGCGUAGUGUUGAUGACGUUACAACUACUGAACUGUACAACUUCGAGACCCUUUCACACGGAUUCGGUUUACAGACCAUCGCCCAUGCCAUGUCAACUUUUAAAAACUAUCUGCAAUUUUUGAAAGAUGCGAGAUAGUUAUUUUUUGUUCCAGAUUAUUAAACUGAGAAGUCGUUCUUAUGUUGGUUCUAUAGAUGGGUAUCGCAUUCAUAAACCUUUGUCUCUUGUUCCUCUUUUAUUAGCACCUGCCCGCGAACAGUAACGUAAUGUUUGUAAAAUAUAAACGCAAUUGUGUGACGGCAUGUCACUGACAACAAAUAAAUAGAACUUGUUACACCG